AUUUGAGAUGACAAUAUACUUGCACAGUGGAGGGUAGCCUGGCAUGCACUAAGCUCACAAAGCAGCUUUCACUUUUGGGCACACUUCCAGUUCUCCACCAUCAGAUAAUUACUUGCAUUCUAAUUUCAUUUCCGAAGAUUUAACAUGACGAAAGACGAGGUGGAUUACGUUUUGGUUCCUUUUGGCCUUGCAGUGAUGCUGUGUUACCAUCUCUGGCUCCUCUACAGGAUCCUCCACCGCCCCACCACCACCGUCAUCGGCAUCAACGCCGUCAACCGCCGCAUCUGGACUCGAACCAUGAUGGAGGAUUCGACGAAGAAUGGAGUGUUGGCGGUGCAAACGUUGAGGAACAACAUCAUGGCGUCGACGUUGCUAGCGUCGAUGGCCAUCACACUCAGCUCGCUGAUUGCGGUGCUGAUGACGACCAUGGCCGGCAGCGGGGGGCGUCAAGAAAUAAAAAUAGUAGUGGGGGACACGAGCGAGGUGGGUCGGUCGGUGAAGUUCUUUGCGAUCCUGGUGUGCUUCCUGCUGGCAUUUCUACUCAAUCUGCAGUCAAUCAGGUACUACAGCCAUGCCAGCAUGCUGAUCAACGUGCCAGCAGAGCGGCAGCGGCCAGAGGGGGCGGAGCUGGCAGUGGAGUAUGUGGCUGCGACGGUGAACAAGGGAGGAUACUUCUGGUCGCUCGGCCUCAGGGCCUUCUACUUCUCCUUCCCACUCUACUUGUGGGUCUUCGGCCCCAUUCCUAUGCUCUGCUGCUGCUUCCUUCUCGUCUUCAUGCUCUACUUCUUGGACGUCUACUCCUGCCAGAUCCACCAACAACAGCAGAUCAUAAAAGAAAUGGAGAGGAAUUAGUUAGUAAACAACAAUCUAAUCUAAUGGAGGAACACUUUAAUUGUAUUAUCAAAACAUAUUAUUUUUUUUUAAAAAAAAUAUUAUUUAUUUAUAGUAAUUCUUCGUGUUUAAUCAACUUACGCCAACACUUGAGAUAAGUAUGUCAUGUAAUACAAACACUGGAGUAAAGUAAAGA